AUGGACUCCUCCGACAGCAAGACAUGGCUCGAGACGCUCCACGGAUGGUAUAGGGGGACUCUGUACCAGGCUAUCGUUCUCGGUCUCAUCAGUUUCAGUCAACCGGGUAUCUGGAAUGCUCUGUCCAGCAUGGGAGCCGGUGGUCUGGCAAGCCCCUUCUUCGUCAACGCCGCCAACGUCAUCACCUAUGUCAUCAUGGUCCUCUUCUGCCCCGUCUUCUCCGUUAUAGGCAACCGCUUCAGCCUGAAAUGGAUUCUGGUCUUCGGCACGGUGGGCUACCUGCCCUACUUCGCCGCUCUGUACUGCAACAGCGUCUACGGCACGCGGUGGUUCCUCAUCUUCGGCGCCGUCACGUGCGGCUUCUCGGCCGCCGCGCUGUGGACGUCCGAGGCCGCCAUCGCCGUCGCGUACCCGGAGGACAACCGCCGCGGGCUGUACAUUGGCAUCUGGAUGGCCAUCGGCCUCGUGGGCACCCUCAUCGGCAGCUCCAUCCAGCUGGCCCUCAACAUCGACGACUCCGAGCAGGGCAGCCUGUCGACCAACUCGUACCUCGUCAUGAUCGGGCUCUCAUGCAUGGGCCUCCCCCUGGCCCUCACCAUCUCCCCGCCCGAGAAGCUCAGGCGCACGGACGGCACCAAGCCCACCUUCAGCAACGGCGCCGCACGCAUGCCCCUCCGCCAGAGCGUCGGGGGACUCUGGCACGCCCUCGGGUCUAAGCACAUCCUCCUCCUGCUGCCCAUCUUCAUCACCGUCCGCUGGAGCACCACUUACCAGGGAAACUACCUCACAGCCUACUUCAGCGUCAGGGGUCGCUCCCUCGCCGGCUUCGUCCAGACCGUCUGCGGCAUCAUCGCCACCGUCGGCUGGGGUCGUCUCCUUGACUCCCAGACAAUCUUCAGGAGCAAGAGGUCCUUGUGCAAUGUCGGAUGGUACUCCAUGCUCGCCGUCUUUGUCGUCCAGUGGAUCUUCAACUUUUACAUGCAGGCUGAGCUCCAGUCGCGAUCGCCCUCGCCCGUGCUAGAUAUCUUCUCCGCCGACUAUGCCAAGGCUGUUGUAGCCUAUUGCCUGUUUGGCAUAUCCGCAAACGCCUCCGUCGUUUGGACCUACUGGAUCCUCUCCAUGUACAACUCCGACAUGGACAGGCUCUCGCACACGAGCGGUAUCCUCCGAUCCGCCGAGAGUCUGGGGUUCGCCUGCGCCUACGGCAUCGGAUCCAAGGAGAGCGUGUCCCUGAUGACCAACCUGGCCGUAUCCUUUGCCGUCUUCGCUGCUGCCGUCCCCUUCACAUGCUAUGUCGCAUGGAAGGGCAAGGCUCUGGAGGAGACAAGCGCUACUCCGGGAGAUCGGGAGGAAGAUUCCGAGGGCAACCUGUACACAGAUCCUCGGGAUGAGGCUGCCAAGGUCCCCGGGACGACUACUAUUGUCAGCGCAUGA